GCUACGGGGGACAGAGAAGUCAUGGCUUCUCCGUCCAAAGGCAGUGACCUGUUUUCGUCUGAUGAAGAGGGCCCGGCGCGGGUGGCGGGGCCCGGGCCGGGGGGCGCCGAGGGGGGCGCCGAGGGGCGCCGCGUCAAGGUCUCCAGCCUGCCCUUCAGCGUGGAGGCGCUCAUGUCCGACAAGAAGCCGCCCAAGGAGGCGUCGCCGCUGCCGGCCGACGGCGCCGGGGCCCCGCUGCGGCCGCUCCUGCUGCCGGGACCCGGCGCCCGGGAAGCGCACAGCCCCGGGCCGCUGGUCAAGUCGGAGACCUCGGAGGACGGCGCGGCGUGGAUGCAGGAGUCGGGCAGAUACUCGCCGCCGCCCAGACACCUGAGCCCCACCACCUGCACCUUGAGGAAGCACAAGACCAACCGCAAGCCCCGCACCCCGUUCACCACGUCGCAGCUCCUGGCACUGGAGCGCAAAUUCCGCCAGAAACAGUAUCUGUCCAUUGCCGAGCGGGCCGAAUUCUCCAGCUCCCUGAACCUCACAGAGACCCAGGUCAAAAUCUGGUUCCAGAACCGCAGGGCCAAGGCGAAAAGACUGCAGGAGGCGGAACUGGAGAAGCUGAAAAUGGCAGCGAAACCCAUGCUGCCCUCGGGGUUCAGCCUCCCCUUCCCCAUCAACCCGCCGCUGCAAGCCUCCCUCUACGGCGCCUCUUACCCUUUCCAUAGACCUGUGCUGCCCAUCCCGCCCGUCGGACUCUACACGACCCCCGUGGGCUACGGCAUGUACCAUCUCUCCUAAGGAAGCCACCCCUCGCCGCAGCCCAGCCGGCAGGACCCCGCUCCGGACUCACGCUGACCCUGCGUGUACGUGUGUGCGUGUGCGCGCGCCGUGCGUGGUGCAUGCGGGCGCACCACCGCAGUAAGCGCCCCAGGCCAACCCAGGCCAUCCAGUAAUAGCUCCAAAAACCAGUUCUUUUAGACGGCAGGCAUUCAAGGCCCUUUUCCUUGGUGUCAACUUCCAGUGCCUCCUUCUCCCUUACACAAAGAUUGUCUCCGAUGAUAUAUAUAAAUGAGUACUGUUUUUAUACAGCUGACAUCAACAUUCAAAUUCUUUGGAAAAGUGAAGCAUAUACAUAUAUAUGUAUAAAAUUCAUUUCUAGCUCUUCCCCUCACCCUUUUUAAAAAAGCCUUUAAAGUGUAAGAUUUAAAAUAUAAGAUAGCUGAAAGCCAUUUGGUUUUCCUAUGAGGGGGAGAUAUCUUGUUGGCAAAAGGUUGCAGCAGUUUGGAUUUUGAUGGGUGGAUACGAUUUUUUUAUUUUUUAAAUGAAAAACAAAUACUAGAAUUAGCUACAAUGUCUAGAAAGUAGGUACAGGUGCUUCCUCCAGGCCUCCCGGUUUUUGCAUUUUAACAUGCAUUCAAAGGGUGCAUUAGAGAGCCACUGGCUUCAAUCCUCUGUUCCCUCUGCUACAUUGUUCCACGGUUUACCUUUGUAUGUGCUUGUAUUUGGAAGAUCCCUAAGAGGAGGGGAUGAUAAAGUGCCAGAAAGGCCUGAGGAGAGGUGGGAAAUGGAGUACUCCCUAAUUCCUCUCUGGGGUCCCUCUUCUUUGCAGAUAAUUGGAGAGUGAGAAGUUGAAAGUAGACUGCAAAAAGUGUGAAAUACUAGGUAGGUCAAUCCUUACAUAUUGUAAAGGUAAUAGAGGGCAAGCUGGGGGCAAGGAGUAGUUCAUUGCCUGCUUUAAAAAAAAAAACAAACCCCAGACUAUCUUGUAACCAUAGCCUACCUAUAUGCUAAAUAUUUAGACCCAGAAUGAGAAAAAAAUCAUGCUUUUUCUGUGUGUAUCUAUUGUAUGUGCUGAACGUAUUAGAAAAAAAAUUAUAUACUUUUUAACUUGUUGGGGGCAGAGGGUAAAGGCAUGUUUUGACUUGUUGAAAGGGAUAUUGUCAAACAGCCCAAUUCCCCCCAUUUCAUCCCCCAUAUCCUUUUAUCCCUUUGAAAGGGUGCCUUGUAUAAUUUUAUAUAUUUUAUUGAAGAGUUAUUUCUUAUCUCUUAUUCUGAGUUAAAUUAAAUGUUUGUUUU